AUGGAGGGUGGUUGUGGCGAUAUUUGGAUGAAAAUAUUCCGCGAAAUUCUUGAUUACUCGGUUCUCGUGGAUGAGCUGCCCAAGACUCCAGACAGUGCAGUUCUCAUGAGCAUUGCAAACGACAUUUUCAAGAUGAUAUGGAGUUAUAGGGUUCAAUGUAUGCUCAAUAUUCAUAAUCACUGUCUUCUAGCUGUAAAAUAG